AUGGUCGUGGCGGCAACCGCCAUCGGCGAUAGCGGUAUCAAUGGCAGCCCCUCGGUGGCCGCUGCACCGACAAGCCCGCUACUCCCGAUACGCGCACCAAGAAAGGCACCGUCGGAUGAUCCCAUGGCGAAAGGGGAGCCCGUCACCCCUACUACGAGACUCAUGGAACCCAUAUACAUCACCGUCACCCUCGGCCUUGGCUGCCCUGUAAACAUCCCCGUCUUCAGCGCCGGCAUCGCCGCCCAGCUCGCCCGAUACCCGCGCUUCUACAACAUUCAGGUGACAUCUGCUUCCAAUGGUUGCAACUCGUGGUGGGUGCGCACCGUGGUGAACGUGGAGGACCACACGAUCAUACCGACACUGGACCUCGUCGCUGUGGCAGCCGGCCCAGACAGGGCCGUGGAACACUACAAGGAAAUGGGUAUGGGCUUCAUUCUCAACGUAUGA